AGACCAAAUACUGAAGUUUUAGAAGUCAGCCUCACCCUCUGCCCCUCUCUCUCUCUCGUGUGUGUGUUUCAGGUGGCUGCUCAGGCUGUUUUGUUCAUGUGUAUGAACACGGCGGGGAUAUUCAUCAGCUACCUGUCAGACCGGGCUCAGCGUCAGGCCUUCCUGGAGACCCGGCGCUGCAUCGAGGCUCGGCUACGACUCGAGACGGAGAACCAGAGACAGGAGAGACUGGUGCUGUCAGUCCUGCCUCGUUUUGUAGUUUUGGAAAUGAUCAACGACAUGACAAAUGUAGAGGACGAACACCUCCAGCAUCAGUUCCACAGAAUCUACAUCCACCGCUACGAGAAUGUCAGCAUUCUUUUCGCAGAUGUCAAAGGCUUCACAAACCUCUCCACGACGCUGUCCGCGCAGGAGCUGGUGCGAAUGUUGAAUGAACUCUUUGCACGCUUCGACCGCCUCGCACAUGAGCACCACUGUCUACGAAUAAAGAUCCUGGGAGACUGUUACUACUGUGUAUCCGGUCUACCUGAGCCCAGGCAGGACCACGCCCACUGCUGUGUGGAGAUGGGCCUCAGCAUGAUCAAGACCAUCAGGUACCAUAUGUGAUCGCGUACGAAACACGACAUCGACAUGCGAAUCGUCCACUCGGGCUCGGUCCUGUGCGGCGUGUUGGGACAGAAGUGGCAGUUUGACGUCUGGUCCUGGGUGGACAUCGCCAACAAACUGGAGUCUGGAGGGAUCCCUGGUGAGUGAACGCUGAAGGGUGAUCCCAUCUCCAAAGCCGCUCUGGACUGUCUAAACGGCGACUACGAGGUGGAGGAAGGUCACGGGAACCGCAACGACUUCCUCCGCCGGCACAUCGAGACGUACCUCAUCAAUCAGCCGGAGAGCAUGCUCACGCUGCCAGAGGACAUCAUGAAGGAGGCGGCCAGCUCUGCAGACCGCCCCAGCAGCACCACCUUCAACGAGGCGUCCUGGAGCCCCAGUCCCUUCGACAACAUCGUGGGGAAGCAAACUGCCAGGAAGUCUCUGAUGGACACCGGCUGUUUCAGCGCCUGUUCAUCCGUGUCCACUGAGUCUCAGUUUCACUACUCUGGCUGCCCUAACGAGAAUUCGAUAAAUCUGCUUCCAAACCAUCUCGCACAAGCUUUGCAUGUCCACUCUGGUCCUGAGGAAAUUAACAAGCGAAUAGAGAGCGCCAUCGACUUACGGAGUGGCGAUAAUGAGAAGAGAGCAUAUAAGCCUUUCUCACUGAUGUUUAAAGACUCCAGCCUGGAAGAGAAGUACUCCCAAAUGAGAGACGAGGUGUUCAAAUCCAACCUGGUUUGCGCCUUCAUCGUACUCAUCUUCAUCACCACCAUCCAGAGUCUGCUCCCCUCGGCCAGGAUGGUGACCAUGGUGGUCCAGUUUUCGAUCCUCAUCGUCCUGCACUCCUGUCUGGUCCUGGUCACGACGGCUGAAGACUACAAGUGUCUCCCUCUGGUGUUGCGCAAGACGUGCUGUUGGAUCAACGAGACCUACGCGGCGCGGAACGUCAUCAUCUUCGUAUCCAUCCUCAUCAACUUCCUGGCAGCCAUGAUCAAUAUACUGUGGUGUGACUUCGACAAGUCCACUACGUUCAGGAACCAGACGUACAACGCGUCGGCCACCAUCCCGGACAUCUGCUUCUACCCAGAGUAUUUCGUGUUCACGGGCGUCCUGGCGAUGGUGACGUGUGCCGUGUUCCUGCGGCUGAACUCGGUGUUGAAGCUGGCGGUGCUGCUGGUGAUGAUCGCCAUCUACUCCCUGCUGACCGAAGCUUUCUACACCUCUCUGUUUGUUCGCUACGACACCGUCCACAACAACACAGAAAACUUUCUGGGGACCAAAGAGACGUCUUUGCUCCUGAUGGCCAUGUUCCUCCUCGCUGUGUUCUACCACGGUCAACAGCUGGAGUACACGGCCCGGCUGGACUUCCUGUGGCGUGUCCAGGCCAAAGAGGAGAUCAACGAAAUGAAGGAGCUACGAGAACACAACGAGAACAUGCUGAGGAACAUCCUGCCCAGCCACGUGGCCCGACACUUCCUGGAGAAGGACCGGGACAACGAGGUCUGCACAACACCCAGUCACACACUGUGAAACUGUUGUAGUCUUAUAGAAGUGUUCACCAUGCUGGAUCAACCAAUCUUUAUUUAUAAAGCACCAAAUCACAACAAACG